AAAUGAGAAAGCUCUCCUCCAAGCGAUGAAGCUCAGCUGGUUGGGGUAUCCCAUCAACAGAUAGCGCCACCAGCUUUUUUGCUAUUUUUAGAACGCAUGAGUCGUUUGCCGUCUGCUAAACGAAGUCUUUCUAUAUUCCGUUUAGGUAGAGUGCUUGAGUCGUUUAGAAGCCGUUUAGUGGUCGUUUAGUGGAUUUGUGGCACUUGGGUUUUGUGAGCAAAAAAUGGUAUAGUAUUAAAACAAAAAAUCAUAGAAUGAAUAAUUCUUCCUUAUUUUGCAAUAUCGCUAAUCUGUUUUUCUUUUUACAAAAUUAUUUAACGAUCGCUUGUUUGACCCUUGUUUAGCGUUGCUGUUCAGAUUGUCAACUGGGUGUGCGGAUCGGAUCGCGCAGCUUUCCAAAUGUCAACGGAUAAUUCCACCACAAGGAACAUUCUUUUGUGCGAGUUCAAAGAAACAUGUUCCAUCUAGAGGCACGCUUCUUGAGGAACAGAACGCUUGAGUGAUUUAGCUAGUUUUAAUUACUAACCAGAGUACGUUUGUUUUAUUUAGUGGCAGAAUUCAGUUUGUUCUGUUUGCCUUCUGUUGCCUUAAAAAAUGGAGGAAUAUGUUGCGGAACUUCAUGAAUACAUGGACACGUUUUACGAAACACAGUCUGUGACAUGUAGAGCAAAAAAUAAGCGUGUGUUGUUUGCAAAAAUGUACGAUACAUUCCUUAAACCCAGUAUAUUACAAGCAAAACUUAACAAUCUAAGUGCUAAAGAAACUGUCGAGCUCCUGGCUCCCAAAAUUGGAGAGUGGAUUCGUAACUAUUCCGUUUGUGAACAAUUGAACUUGCGCAACGAUUUAAAGGACAAUGCAAAAGCGACUCAGCUACGGUCCCAAGGAAAUAAAAUGUUUCACCCGAACGUGAAACGCUACAUCGAGGCCAUCAAGCUGUACAAUGAGAGCAUCGCUUUUUCCGAAAAAGGAUCGACAGAAAGGUCAUUGGCCUAUGCAAAUCGCUCUACCAUUUGUCUGAAGAUGCAUCGCUUCGAGGACUGUUUGGAGAACAUUCGGCUUGCUCGUGAGUCAAACUAUUCUGGAGAAAAGUUGAAUCAACGCGAAAAAGAGGUUAAAAAUGCUUUGGCAAAGGCUCGGAACAAGAAUGCUUCAUCGAGCAAGGUUUCUCCGGAUGUGGUGGAAGAGCCCGAGCUAAGCUAUCCGUCCAAAGAGAAUGCGCCGCAAGUUGCCAAUUGUCUGGAACUGCGCAAAAACGAAGAAUAUGGACGGCAUGUGGUGACCACUCGUAAGCUGAAGGUGGGCGAUGUCGUGAUGAUUGAAAGGCCGUUCGUUACCGUGCUGAAGGAUUCGUUCCGAUAUGUUCGAUGUGAUUUUUGCCAUGGCGAACGACCAUUCACAUUGAUUCCGUGCGAAAGAUGUACAAUGGCCAUGUACUGUUCGGAGGAAUGUCUGAGUAAGGCGUACAACAACUAUCAUCGAUAUGAGUGUGGGCUUUUACGAGACUUGUGGGAAGUUUUCGAAGAAGUUCCAUUGAUUGCUAUUCGCAUGAUUGCCAUUGCGAUCACAACCUUCGAUAAUAAUCCAGAGGCAUUGAAGGAUCAUCUCGAUGCACUGGAUGAAUCCAAUGUUAACGGGUUUACGAUGGAUUGGAAUAAAGCUACGUCACAGGAUAUUUUCAACUCGGUGCACGUGUUAACCACUAAUCAAGAACGGCGAGACAGCAUGUUUGUUGCUUUUCACAUCUUCUACGCUACCAUCAUACAUACCCUUGUUCUGGAAAGAACAGAGCUGGGACCGGUGUGCGAAGCAAACCCUGCAACAAACAAGAUUUUACUAGAUUUGAUCCUGCGAUAUAUGCAAAUCGUGAAUUGUAACAGAAAAUUGUUGUCCUUUAAUGCGUACAAGGUGAAGGAAUACGUGGCUGAAUCAUUUGCAGUGGGUUGCUACCCAUUGAUUAGCAUGCUGAAUCAUUCCUGUGCUCCCAACGUGAAACGCAUCACUUUGCCCGAUGGGCGUUGUGCAGUUUUUAUCAUCCGUCCAGUUCUUGAAGGAAGUCAACUGUUCGAUAGCUAUGAGUAA